AUGCAAUUUUUCAGAAGAAACAAGUCGCACGCCGCCGAGGCCUCUGUUGAACGAUCGCGCGCGCGUUCCCACGGGGAGUUGCUUGUCGAAGCGCCGGGGAAUCGUCAACACCCCGCCUUCCCACCGCCCGCUGGCGAUCACUACAAGGACGACGAGGACUCUUCAUACCAGCAGCGUCAAUUCUCCCGUCAACGAUUCUCGUACCACGAGCCUUCGCAGUCUCAGACAUACCAGGAUCAUCCGGGCGACAGCUCAAGGGCGUCUCGCAACUCUGUCUCUUCAGCAAAACCGACGGUUAUCAACUUGGUACCUCCGACUCCCCUAGCCGUCGCUGCGAGCUUCGAUGCUGACGCCUUUACCCAGAGCACCGCGGAGCAGUCGUGGCCUUUACCAGCACCCGUGCCUGAAACUCCCAGAAGCGAUCGGGAAUCGCGGAAAUUGAAGAAGGGAAUAUUCGGACGGCAUUCAUCUUCGAGAGACGAGGGCACUUUCUUGGGACGCAACAUCUCUGUAAAGCGCAAAGGCGGCUCCCCGCGACAACAGUCCAAUCCGCAACACCAGAACGUUUCGCAGCAGUCGAUUACAAGCGACGGGGGCGCUUCAGGAAGGGAUGACGAAUCUACUGCUGCGAAGCUGAACAAAGAAGCUUGGAACCCAUCGAAUCCAGAGUUACAGAUGCAACAUAUGUCAACUGGGUCCCCUCAAGGCCAGACUCCAUACGGACAACCUGCUGCCAAUAGAUACCCUCAGCCAUCUCAAUCUCCCACUCGGCGCGAGUAUCCAUCAAUCCAGCGUGUGAAUACAGAACCGAUCAACACGGGGAGUUUCUACCAACAGCGGGUCGCCAACGACUCGUUUCACAGCCAGGUGAGCCCACGUCGCUUGCCUCAGAACCCAGAGGAUCUAAGGCAGUCAUCACCCCAGCAGCCUCUGUUUAGAGCCAUACAGUAUUCUCCAAGUGAUUCUUCCAUCAAGCACAGCCCGCACCAAGCCCAGAUACCCCAAGACCCAUUCUCUAUGUACAGACGUAACUCCUCCCAACCGGAUCCUGGUACAGCACAGCGGCCGCCUUCGCAGCAGUCUUAUGGUCCGCCUUCUCCCGUCUUCCAGUGGCAUCAAUCUGAUACCAAACAACAGAAUCAGGUGCCCCGGCAGUUAUUACAGCCCAUCACCCAGCCGCCACAUCAAGGAGGAAUGAGCCCCGCGGAGCGAUCUGCUAGCAUGAGACAGCCCACAGAAUCCGCCCAACAACAGGGCCAAGUUAGUGACAACCAGGGCAGUGCGCAGUCACUCUAUGUGCAGAGUACGGGUGCUCCCGCCCAAGGUCCCAGUCUUAAGAGCGAGAUGUCCCAGCAGAAUAUUCAGGAGCAGGGCCGAGAGACACCGCCUCCUCAAAGCAAAAGUCGUGAUGAUCUCGCCGAGGUAGAUGUGAGGGCCUUACUACAGAAACAUGAGGAACUUCAUGCAAAGUACCAAAAAGUGAAAAGGUACUAUUUCGAAAAGGAAAACCAGGUCCAACAGCUCCAAAAUACUGUAGCACAUCAGCGAAUGGCUGCCUCGCGGACAGUUUUGGAUGAUAAUGAAUACACCAACCGUUUCACUCGCCUCGACGGAGCCAUUAAAGACCUUGCGUUUUCUACCAGGAAAGAUUGGAAGAGCAUUCCGACUUGGCUACAACCAUACGUGAACGAGGAUGCGCACACUGUAGGCACAAAGGAGAUGACCGCUGUCGGACGCGCGGUAAUUACUCGCUGGCUGGUUGAUGAGCUGUUCGAACGGCACUUUCAUCCCUCCAUCGAGCCGACCUUGAGUGCCCAGCUCAAGAACAUCGAGGCAAAUAUCCGGCGACAGAGUGUCAAGACGUAUACAGAAGAGGACAAGGAGAACAUCAUUGCGAGGAUUUCGAAUUGGCGCCGCACAACCCUGGACGGUCUCCAGGAUGCUUUACAAGGCAAGGCCGCGGAAGAAAACCGCACCCGCCUCAUCGAUCAUCUAGUGGAGAAGUUGGUUGCCAGCCUCGAGAUGCAUUUGAACGAGCCUCCACCCCCGGGAUUGGAUAGUUCAGGAAGAAAUAUUGUGGAGAAUGCAGUAGGUAUCGCUGAGAAGAUUCCGUUCGAAUCUCGCGACGUCUGGAUUGAAUAUUUCGCGCCGGGGUCGCUGAUCAAUGACACUCACAUGAAAGUGGAGACGACACUUCCGCCCUUAAAAAAUCCAAAACUCGAGUCAGUUAAUACUCAGGGACCCUCUGCGAACGAUGCUCAAGGAGAUGGCCAGAAUGAUGGAGAAGAUGCCGGCAACACCAGAGAUGACAAUGAAUCUUUGUCUGCAAACUAUAGUGCUGACGCCUCCUCUGCGGCCCAGCAAUCGUCGCAGCAGAAUAUGCCACCCAUCAGAGAGCAGAGAAAGAGAUCUGUGUUGGGGGGCUUGAUGGGAAGGAAACCUACUGCGGCUGCCGCUGGACCGGCUCAGCCCCAGCAAGAAGCUUCCAGUCGCUCAAACUCGAUAGUAGCGAAAGAAACAAAGGACCAGGGCGAGUCUGAAAAGAAUGAGAGUUGUUCAGCCACACGAAUACGGUUCGCAUCUUUCCUGGCUGUUGAAGUAAGAGGCAAGGGCCCGACAAGUGUGCUUCUCAAAGCUCCUGUUUAUCCCCUCGAAUGA